AUGCGCACCCUAACCCUCCUCCUCUCCCUGCUCUUCCUAGCCUCCCCCAUAGCCGCUCAAUUCGGCUCCUUCUUCGACCAAAUGUUUGGAGGCGGUGGUCACGGCGGACACGGACAUCAACACCAGCAACAACAUCAGGGCCACGGCCAACAACAACAUCCGAACGUACCCAGCGAUCCGUCGAUUUACCAGGCGAAUUACCAAAGGGCGCAUUGCGACAAAUAUUUGUGUCCUGAUACUUUGGCUUGCGUCCACUACCCCCACCACUGUCCUUGCCCGUGGCCGUCGCACGAAGACAAGGUUGAACUUGCUGAGGGUCAGAGGGUUUGUGUCUCGAGGGGAGGAUUCAAGGCUGGCGAGGCGGCGAGGAAGAUUGAAUUGGCCAGGCAGGGGUUGCUCUGA